CGUGUUUUCAGUUGAUGUUCUUAUCCAUCAACGAACACAAAAAUCUGAGGCCAUAAACAAGGUUCUUGGUCCGAGCAAAACACUCCCACAGGGUUGCUGUUUUUCUUCAAUACGUAUGAUCUGAAUUGAAGCACAAAACAACGCACAAUGCUGUCUUUCCCAAAGACAAUCACUACUUUCCGGUCACAGGCCCCUCACCCUCUCCGGCAUCCUCGAUACAUCCCGCCGGUAACGGCGAUUCAAAAUAACGGCGGCGACAGGAACGAUAACAACGUUUCCGGUGGCGAGGACUCGGGGUCGUCGUCGCCACCUACAAAGUCGCGGAUAACGCCGCCGAAUACGGUCGAAAUUCGGUUUAAAAGAGGCUCGAGAAAACGGAGGAAGCAAGAGGCGGAGAGCGCGGCAGAGAAGAUUAAAUUAAAGCCCGCUCCGAAGGAUUGGGACUCGAUGACAUUGACGGAGAAGCUCGUCGAGGUCUACGUGGGCGAGAAGGGCCUCUUGUUUUGGCUUAACAAGUUCGCUUACGCCUCCAUCUUCAUCGUGAUCGGAGGGUGGAUUGUGUUCCGGUUCGUCGGACCGGCUUUCAACUUGUACCAACUCGACACCCCGCCGUUGUCGCCAACCUCCAUGUUCAAAUGAAUGUACGUACCGUCUUUUAGUUUCGCAUCGAAACAUCUUUUAAAAUUAGUCGCGGGCGAAGUUGAUAAAAUUAUCUACGGGAAUUGUUACGGUGCUGAUUUAAGUGAAGUAGCAUUUCGAUUAGCUCUGAACAACACAUAAAAGAUAAUUAAACAGCACAUACUAUCUAUAUCAUAUAUUUUACAACAAUCUAUAUCAUACUUCUUCCAUC